CGGAGUAAUUCUCUCCCCUCUAAUUUUGUGUUUUAAGUUUACAAGAUCAAAAAUACCACCCGCAAAAUUCUUGAAUAGCUUCACUCUUCAAUCUUCAAUCUUCAUCCUCCUCCUCUUUGUUGCUGCUGCUGCAGUUCCAAACGCCUCCAGAUAAUUAAUUUCUUCAAUUUCAAGGCAUGAUGAGGUCUGCAGGGUAUACUGUCGUUGCUUCGUGUGCUCCUGUACUUUGUUUAGUCAUUCAAACUCGGCCUCGGUCUCGGUUUUCAUCCAAAUUAAUUGCUGUAAAUUCAUCAACAUCAAAGAGAUUGUACUGUGUUGGCUCAGGCCACACAUUACAUAAAGGAUUAACAAUGGUUGUUGCCCGCUACCCUCCUCCCCUCUUCAGUGUCGCCCCAAUGAUGGAGUGGACAGACAAUCACUUUAGGGUGCUUGCACGAAUCAUAUCGAAAAAUGCUUGGCUUUACACGGAGAUGCUUGCUGCAGAAACCAUUGUAUUUCAGAAGGGUAAUCUGGACAGGUUUUUGGAAUUUACCCCUGAGCAACAUCCAAUAGCUCUUCAAAUUGGUGGGAAUAACUUGGAGAAUAUUGCAAAAGCGACUCAACUUGCUAAUGCUUACGGCUAUGAUGAAAUUAACUUAAAUUGUGGAUGCCCUAGCCCCAGGGUUGUCGGACAUGGGUGUUUUGGAGUUCGUCUGAUGCUCGACCCAAAGUUUGUUGGGGAGGCCAUGUCAGUUAUUGCUGCCAAUACAAAUGUUCCUGUGACUGUCAAAUGCCGUAUUGGUGUUGAUGAUUAUGAUUCGUAUAAUGAGCUGUGUGAUUUUAUCUAUAAAGUAUCUUCAACAUCUCCUACCAAACAUUUUAUCAUACAUUCACGGAAAGCACUUCUCAAUGGCAUUAGCCCAGCUGAAAAUCGAUCAAUUCCUCCACUCAAAUAUGAAUUCUAUUAUGGUUUAGUACGUGACUUUCCAGACUUAACGUUUACAAUAAAUGGAGGCAUAAAUUCGGUUGAAGAGGUGAAUGGAGCACUAAAAAAAGGAGCUCAUGGAGUAAUGGUUGGUCGUGCUGCUUACCAUAACACUUGGCAAGUGUUGAGAAACGUUGACUCUGAAGUCUAUGGUGAUCCUCCUAGUGAUCUUACACGUCGUCAGGUUUUGGAGAAAUACACCGAGUAUGCAGAUUCCGCUCUUGGCAAACAUGGUAAUAAUAGACCAAAUGUUCGGGAUUUGGUCAAGCCUUUGUUGAACCUUUUUCAUUCUGAGCCUAGAAAUGCUGUUUGGAAGCGCAACGUGGAUGCUGCAUUUUUCCAUUGCACGACAGUCAAACAAGUCCUUGAAGAGACAUUGCCCAUUAUUCCAGAUUACGUCCUUGAUUCACCAGCUUCAAGAGUGCCACCCAGUCGCGGAGAUAUUUUUGCUGACGUGGAUGAUCUCAUGCCUUCCCCGUAUAAAUUGAAUGAGCCGGAGUUACAAUAUGCUUAGUUUGUCGUAUAUUGAAGUUUUUCUUACAGAUUAUAAUCACCCAUUAAAUUAUUUGGUCACCUUCAAAUUUGAGUUUACACAAUGUAUUCUUCAUUUUUUGGAAAAUGAUUAAUGGCCCUAGACCGGGACCAUAUGAUAUAAUGUACUCUAUUUUCUACAAGGAACAAAGUAGUCCGUAUUCAAUACAAAGUGUAUUUGAAAAUGAUAAUGCAAACACCUUAUUCACUA